AUGAAAUUGAAAAAUAUAAAAGGUUGUGUAUAUUCCGAAUAUUUUGAUUACAGUACAUAUAUGGAUGGAAAUCCAAAUAUUGAAAUACCACCAGAUGUAGGACAGUUGGUGGUACUCGAUAAAACAAUAAAAUAUAUUCCUAAUCUUUCACAGACCAAUGUUACUUCGAUGUCGAUUAGUAUGCUCGAACCCGAACAGGAGUUGUAUAUUGAACCGGGCAGUCUGCCACACUCACUCAAGAGUUUGACGCUGAGUGUGAAGAUACAAGAUACAUUGGAACCCGGUCUAUUCCCCGAGGGACUUCAAUCGAUCACUAUCGACGACCGUAACAAUCAGUUUUUCAAACCCAACGUACUCCCCGAGUCGUUGGAAUCACUGCAACUGCUAUCGGAAUACGACAAGCCGUUCGAGUCGGGCUCGCUGCCGUCGCGCCUCAAGACUCUGACCAUUCUAUUUCUCAUGGGCAAUCAAGAUCUUUCGCAUCUACCAAAAUCAUUGGAGUGUAUCGAGUUUGGUGAAAUCAACACUUUCAAACUGCUGCCCGAUUUCAACCAGUUUCAUCGUCUAGCCACACUUCAGAAUUUCCAAUUCGAACACAUCCAUUUGGUGCCACCAACCGUUCGUCGUCAAUCAAUUCUCGCUCCGUCGAAUCUUUCAGUCUACAUUUAUUGGAAUAUCUAA